AUGCACAGGACUGCAUCAUCAGAGUCCUUCUCCUCGGUUGGGAAUGAGAAAAAAGAUUUUGGAAAUCCUCCGCGAAGAGCAACAAGGAGAUCAUCUAUCGGAGAUCGUGCGUGGCCACCACAGCCAAAAGGAACGGACAUGUCAUCAAGCAGCCAUGAUAACUCAAAGCCCAAACAAAAGCCGCAGCAUAUGCUUACCGGAUUUAUCACUCCUGGAGCUCGGAGUGGAGGAAAACAGAAGCUGAAGGUGACAGCACCGAUGUCAGCCAAUCCGAGGCUGAACACCUUACUUUCGCCGAAGACACCAGGCCACCACAGUCGACGAAGAGCAUCAGCGAAGCUGAAAAUGCUGUGGCCUGCACUGGACGAGACAGAAUAUAGCAAAACUGCAGCCAUAUCCCCUGUAUCUCGCCGCGUAUCAUCCCCGGUACCUCGCCGCGUACUGUCCCCUUUCCAAAGUCCACCGACGAUCAGGGAGCCCACUCAGAAGAGAAUGUCGGAAAGUCCUGCACGCGACCUUGGGACGCCGCUUCUUUCAGCUACAGGAAAACGACGUACCCUCAAGGGUGUAUGGCCUCCGCCAAAUAUGAAACAAGAUACCGAUAAGAAAAACUCGGUCAACACACCGAAACUUGGAAUCACAAAAAAUCGAAAGUCAAUGUUCAACAGGAGCAGCACAUUUGGAAGUGCUGAUGGGGACACUGAAAAAAGGAACCAAACCCUAAGUCCGCUGAAGCCAAUCUCAGCCCAUACAGCAGUGUCAGCAUCUACGACAUCUUCGUCAAACGAUGAUUGGGCGUCAGUGUCAGACUUUAAUGACAGAAUUUCAGAAAGCGCUACCAGUACACCCACGCAACAACCGUCUUCAGUAUCAUCCAAAAAAGUAGACCCGGAUAGCAUGAACAUGUCGCUGGUUUUAGUUUCAGAAUCCUCCGAGCACGAUGCCGGCAGCAGUUAUCACAGCGGAAUUCAUAGCAUCACAGGCAACGGAAAAUCCUACAUACAUUCCUGGGAUUUGUGGACAGAACAAGAAAACGAGUCCGACGAUGGAGGUGACAGCCCGCUUGUAACGCCGACUCGUGACGCCAUUCCUCUGGAAACAAAGACUGAUUUUCCCACUAUACCGAAAGCACCAGAUUUGGUGAUGUCACCACCGAAUGACAUACCGGGACCUCAAAGUUCUACACCAAACACAACUGAUUCUGGUCGACAGAAACUGCAUCUUCCUUCCGAGGGGAUCGCUUCUGUAGCUACAAGUAUUGAAAACAAUGAACCAGUCACCAAAGAUGCAGAACUUUUGAAUCCGAAAAACGACAGUGCCAUCAAACCAACAAUUGGUCGCCCUCCAACUGAAUUUUCAUCGGAAGAGACCAAUAAUCUGGCAAAAAUGGAUGCUAAAUCGCCGGCACAAAAAUCUCAAACAAGACCUUCUCUUUUACCACCAGAAGAGUCUUCGACGCAAUUGAAGGAAGGUGCUGCUCCUGCUGACAACGACAAUCUUUCGACGCCAUCGCCACAACAUUGUAGCGAUGAAAAUUUGCAAUCUUCUGACGAUGAGUCAGUUUGGUCAUCUGAAGACGGUGACCGCAGCGUUGAUGAAGCCAGUGUGGAAGACAAAUAUGACCAGGCAUCGGAUGGCUCCCCGACAAGUCCCACGACCGACUCCAUAGGUUCACUGAGCCCAACAGAAAUCGAUGAAGAAGAACUUGGACCACCUAGAUUUAUAGUACCACUGGAACAAAAACCACUGCCGCCAAAGACGCGGGUCAUUCGCAAAACUUCGCGCACUGAGUAUAGAAUCCGGUGGGACGGUCCUACCACCCUAGACCUUGGCGCUUGUUAUCCAUUGGUUAGUAUUCCGGAAGUAGACGAUUUACCAGAGCAAGACGACCGAUUUAAAAAAAGUCAAACUGAUGGAGGUAUUGCUAUGCCUAUGCGGUCUGGGCGAUCUAUUGACGGAGACUCUAUGUCUAUUGAUAGUAUCCUUAGUGGUGAUGGUACGAUCGAUUCUGAUGACAAGUCGGAGUCUUCAUCGCACAGCCGACCAAGCAUUCAUAUGCGACAUGCCGAAGGCGAUGAAAAAGAAGACGAGGAUUCCAAGUGGAAGUUGAAACGGGUUUGGAAUCGUGAAGAAAUGGAUGGACAAGAGAAAGAACAUACUGUACAACGUAAAGAGGUCAUGCCGUCAGUGAAGGAACUUUGUGGAGUUCCUGCAAACAUUGACUUAAAUGAUAUGGACAAUGGAAAGCCCUGGGUGAUACAAAGGGUAAACUUUAUCGAUGACACAGAAAUAGACUGCGAAGAUGAAGAAGUUUUCACUGCAGAUGGAAUGUUGAAGGAGAUGGAGAUGAUUACCAGCAGAAUUGAUUUCAUCAGAGAAAAACAGAAAGCUCCUGCCGGGGAUCCGAAUACAUCAAAAGACAAGACUACGGAUGCAGAAAAGGCUGAAGAGAAAGCUGAAACGAUAGAAUUGAAUCCAGCGGAGAAGAAACUCGAGUGCCCCAUUGACAAGAAGAGGGUUUUGGAUGUCAUGGCUAAUAGUAAGGAUACAUCAGCGGUGACAGCUACGGCCAAAGAAGCUAGAGAUAGCACUCGAGAAUCUCUACAACCUCUUCCAAGACUAAUUCUACCCAAUGGUCAAAAGCUUCCCUCUGCUAAGAGAAAGAAAGGUAGACGCACGAACUAUCAACUUCGGUACGAUGGGCCAUCAAUGUUACGAGUUACAGAAUUGUUUAGCAUUCCUGAAGAAGAUAGACGAUUCAACGAGACAAAGGUUGUUGACAAAUCGAUGAUGCCAAGGCCUGUUAGGCGGGGUUCGGGGCGUAAGAGUGCAUUUGGCACAUCAGGGGAGCACGAUGCAAUGCCAGAAAAGCCUUCUCGUUCUCGCAGCAAUGAUGAUCUGGAUUUCAUGCUGGAGGAUGGUGCUAGUGCUGGAGACGAUUUGAAGGGAUCCAGUCAUGGUGAUGAUGAGGGUGCGGGAAGUGUCAAAAGGCCACAACUGUUAAUGACACCAAACAACGGACGACCACAGAGCUUUAAGUGGCUCGUGCGACGUGUUUGGGACGACGACGAGUUUGACGAAAAGGAGGACGAGUACUCUGUAGCAGACAAAGAACUCACAUCAAAGGUUCGAGAGCUGUUUGGUGUUCCAGACGAUGUAGAUCUUGAGAAUAUGAAAUCUGAGUCCCGGUUCAAGGACAUCUCCUCUGAAUGCGACUCGGCUCCUUUCCUACUGAGGAGAAUUUAUGAUUUCGACGGAGAAAUCGAGGAAGUAGAAGCUGGGGUUGCAUUUAGCACGGCGGAUCUGAAGAAAACAAUCGAGUGCGUGAGUGCUGAAGCGAAGGAAACAGUCAUGUGGUGGGACUUGGUUCCUGAUUCCGAACCGAAAUACAAACCACUAGGCACAAAGCUUUUUAGGAAAGCAAAAGAGCCUUGGUAUAGUUACAAUGCUAAGGAUGAGUCGAAACCGAAAAAGGUUUCCAGAAUAUUGCCAUGGCACAAGAAGGCAACGCCAAAGAAAGUGGAAGAACAAGGGGAUGUUAAGAUGUGGUGGGAGGAAUAA